AUAAAUCCAAAGACAACCCCCUCCGAUGCAUCGCCCCAACACCAUCUCCGCCACCAUGGCGAUCCUCACACCUUGCGCGGCUUGCAAGACCCUCAGGCGCCGCUGCGCUGAUAAAUGCGUGUUGGCGCCUUAUUUCCCUCCCAAUGAGCCUCACAAAUUCGCCAUUGCUCACCGGAUAUUCGGAGCUAGCAAUAUUAUUAAACUGCUCCAGGAAAUUCCAGAAGAUCAAAGAGGAGAUGCUGUGACCAGUAUGGUCUAUGAAGCCAAGGCUAGGUUAAGGGACCCAAUCUACGGGUGCGUUGGCACGAUUUGUCAUCUCCAGAAGCAGGUCGACGAGCUUCAGGCCGAGCUAGCCCGAUCACAAGCUGAAGUAUUGAACAUUCAAUGUCAAAAUGCAAAUUUGGUGGAUCAAUUUUGCAAAAACAUGGAAACUAAAGAAGUUAAUGAGAAUUCAUCACCCCUUGAUGAUGAAAUGCAAUAUCAUGGGAAUCCCACAUUGUUUUUUGACGAAGGAAUAAUGGGGAAUUCGCCCCUUUGGACAUGAUAGAUAUAGGAGAGGGUUUUAUUCAUAUAUUCAAAAGAAGUAAUUACUACUAAUAAAAUAACCUCAAAUGAGUAGUUUGAGUGUUAUUAACUGUUUAUUUUCCCUUUUUAUAAUGGGUAGCAACUAGAUUUACAAGUUUCGUUAAUUCUAAUAAAAAAAAUUGAA